AUGCCUCCAAAAAUCAUUGCCACCGCGGCUUCUACCCGAGAGAGACGAGAAGCAGUUCGCGAAAGUCUUAACGAGGAUGCUUUGCGGAAAGCCCAAGAGGCUGCGGCUAGAAAGAGGGCCGCCGAGGAGGCAGCGCUGCGAAAUUCAAAGUCACCUUCACCUAAACCAAGGUCUAAGCCUGGAUCUAAGGGGGGGAUACGCACUAGGGCUCUGUGUGUUCUUGUGAAGAAGCCUAGAACUACUGGCAAGAGUAAGACCGGGGCCAAGCAACAGCAAAAGAACAACGUAAAGAAGACAAAGGGUGGCAGAGUAGCAAAAGAUAGCGGAAACAAGGGUAGAAAAGUCAAGAAGGAGACGGAUGUGGCUGCUCACGAUUCGGACGACAGUGAGAUGGAAAGCGCCGAGAGUAUCACGACAGCAGAACCUGCUGUGCGGGCUACAAAGAGAAAGCAGGCUACUAAGGCUAAGGGAAACAAGACUACCAAGGCCAAAGCUACUACGACGAAAGAGAAGAAGAAGACGCUAUCGCCCAAAAGAGAACGUGUCGUCAAAUUCCGUACCAUCAAAAGGUCACUUUCGAUUGAAUCGUCUGGGGAGGGCCGUGUUGAGAGUGAUGAUGAAGAGGAUAAAGAGGAUGAUAAGGAUGAUGACAUGUCAGGCGCGAACUGGGUAUAG